AAGAAAGUUUUAAGAACUAAGAAAAAUGGCAACGCUACUUCCUGCCAACAAAAUUUAAAUGUUUAUAAACAAAUCAUGACAAGUCAUUCCAGUUCUGCAGUGCCUGCGUUAAGUUCUUAUUUUUCCAGUCUGUUUCAAGGCCAAUAAAUUUCUCUUAAUUACUCUUUAUUAUAAUGUCCAUAAAACAAUGUAUUUUACGUAGUAGAAAUUAUAAAUUUCGAGAUGUUAUCCUUCCUAAUGAGACACCUGUCAUUGUUGGUAGAGGUCCUCAAACAAGAAUUCGAGAUCGGAAAUGCUCUAAAUGUCAAGUACAAAUCACUGCAUUGUAUAAAAGCAAAAAAGCCAUCAUUCGUCAGCUUGGUACCAAUCCAUCUGAAGUAGACAGCGGGCUAUUGGCCGCAGAUCAAGAAUUGGAAGUACUUGAUGGCUGUAACAUCAACUUACUAGAAGGUGAUUUAAAGUACACUUUAGAAUUUUUGACUACUGAACCUGAGACAAGGAGUAAACAUAAACACAAUUCAAGAACACCAGGUGCUACUGCAAAAAAAUUGAAACUAUCAUCCUCUCCUCCUAGAUAUGAUGGCACAUCAACUCCUCAAGAAGAAUGUUCUCCAUCCAUUGCAGAAGCUUCUGCAAGCAAAGAAGAUAUUUCACUGCAAGAGAGCAUUGCUGAUGAAGAAACAAGUCUCGAGACACUUCAUCAAUCGGUUGUGAGAGAUUUUGAUUCCUUAUCAACUCAGGAUCGCUGGGAAGAGUAUGAUCAUAGCAAAAUAUUUAUUUUUACUCCUGCUGGCAUCAAAGGACAAAAUAAAGUUGCAGCUUUUGAUUUGGACCAUACCAUCAUAACUACACAAUCUGGUCGAGUUUUUCCAACAAGUACAGAUGACUGGAAAAUUUUUUAUGCAGAAAUUCCUGGAAGAAUAAAAAAGUUACACAACGAGGGAUAUAAAAUAGUUAUAUUUACCAAUCAGAAAGGUAUUUCUCGGGGGAAAACGUCAGCUCCAGACUUUAAGAAAAAGAUUCAGCGAAUCGUGCAGAAACUUGGAGUUCCAAUACAGGCUUUGGUGUCCACUGGCCAUGGAAAAUACAGGAAGCCUAACACUGGAAUGUGGGAUUACUUACUCCAGAAAUGUAAUCAGGGAAUUUCUAUUGAUGUUAAAUCCAGCAUUUAUGUUGGAGAUGCUGCUGGCAGGCCGGAUAAUUGGGCACCUAAAAAGAAAAAGGACUUUUCUUGUGCAGAUAGACUUUUUGCCUUAAAUGUUGGCCUGCAGUUUUACACUCCGGAGGAGUUUUUCUUGGGACACAAACCUGCUAACUAUAAAAUGCCUCUUUUUGAUCCUAGAAAUAUACGGACUACAACACUUGCUGUGAAAUGCUUACCGUUACCUAAAGAAGAUUUAAAUUCUGAUACAAUAUUUGCUUCCAGUUCUGAGAUGGUUGUGUUUGUUGGAUUUCCAGCAGCUGGUAAAUCUCAUUUUGCUUUAUCAUAUUUAAUACCAAAAGGAUAUGUACAUAUAAACAGGGAUACUUUAGGCACUUGGCAGAAGUGUGUAUCAGAAGCAUCGAAAGCUCUUAGUAAUGGCCAAAAAGUUGUGAUUGAUAAUACGAAUCCAGAUUUAGAAAGUAGAAAAAGAUAUAUUGAAGUAGCUCAGAAAUUUAAAGUACCAUGCAGAUGCUUUCUAUUUUAUUGCUCACUAGAACAAGCCAAACAUAACAAUGUGUUCAGAGAACUGAUGAACCCAGAUGACAAGCAUGUUGGAGUCAAUGAUAUGGUAUUAAAUAGUUACAAGGGUAAGUUUGUUGAGCCAAGCUUGAAAGAAGGUUUCACAUCUAUCAUUAAAGUUAAUUUUAUUCCAAAGUUUAAAAACAAGAAUGAAGAAAAACUUUUUAAAAGAUUUCUGAUUGAGAAGUAAUGUUUUUCCAUCAAAUGUUUGUAAAUAACUAUAUUUUUAUAGCAUAUUGUGUCAAGUAGAAUAAAAUAUUAUUUUAUCCA